AGUCCGCUGACCCAGCUGCCGUCCCCGCAGGGCCGGUCAAGGAGUGCGAAGAGGACCAGUUCCGGUGCCGGAACGAGCGCUGCAUCCCCUCCGUGUGGAGAUGCGACGAGGACGACGACUGCUCGGACAACAGCGACGAGGACGACUGCCCCAAGAAGACCUGUGCGGACAGCGACUUCACCUGCGACAAUGGCCACUGCAUCCCCGAGAGGUGGAAGUGUGAUGGCGAGGAGGAGUGUCCCGACGGCUCCGAUGAGUCUGAGGCCACCUGCACCACACAGGUGUGUCCCGCAGAGAAGCUGAGCUGUGGACCCGCCAGCCACAAGUGUGUGCCUGCCUCGUGGCGCUGUGACGGGGAGAAGGACUGCGAGGGUGGAGCAGAUGAGGCCGGCUGUGCCACCUCGCUGGGUACCUGCCGCAGGGAAGAGUUCCAGUGUGGGGAUGGGACGUGUGUCCUUGCCAUCAAGCGCUGCAACCAGGAGCAGGACUGUCCUGACGGGAGUGAUGAAGCUGGCUGCCUUCAGGGGCUGAACGAGUGUCUGCACAACAAUGGCGGCUGUUCUCACAUCUGCACUGACCUCAAGAUUGGCUUUGAAUGCACGUGCCCAGCGGGCUUCCGGCUCCUGGACCAGAAGACCUGUGGCGCCGGCAAGAGCCCGUCCCUCAUCUUCACCAACCGGCACGAGGUGCGGAGGAUAGACCUGGUGAAGCGGGACUACUCACGCCUUAUCCCCAUGCUCAAGAACGUUGUGGCACUCGAUGUCGAAGUUGCCACCAAUCGCAUCUACUGGUGUGACCUCUCCUACCGUAAGAUCUACAGCGCUUACAUGGACAAGGCCAGUGAGCUGGCAGAGCAGAAGGUCCUCAUUGAUGAGCAGCUGCACUCUCCCGAGGGCCUGGCGGUCGACUGGGUGCACAAGCACAUCUACUGGACCGACUCAGGCAAUAAGACCAUCUCAGUGGCCACAGUGGACGGAAGCCGCCGAUGUACUCUCUUCAGCCAUAACCUCAGUGAACCCCGGGCCAUCGCUGUUGACCCCCUGCGAGGGUUCAUGUAUUGGUCUGACUGGGGGUACCAGGCCAAGAUUGAGAAGUCUGGGCUCAACGGUGUGGCGCGGCGAACACUGGUGUCAGACAAUAUUGAAUGGCCCAACGGAAUCACCCUAGAUUUGCUGAACCAGCGCUUGUACUGGGUAGACUCCAAGCUGCACCAGCUGUCCAGCAUUGACUUCAGUGGAGGCAACAGAAAGAUCCUGAUUUCCUCCACCGACUUCCUGAGCCACCCUUUUGGCAUAGCUGUAUUUGAGGACAAGGUGUUCUGGACAGACCUGGAGAAUGAGGCCAUUUUCAGUGCAAAUCGGCUCAACGGCCUGGAAAUCUCCAUCCUGGCUGAGAACCUCAAUAACCCACAUGACAUUGUCAUCUUCCAUGAGCUCAAACAGCCAAGAGCUGCAGAUGCCUGCGAGCUGAGUGCCCAGCCUAACGGGGGCUGUGAGUACCUGUGCCUUCCUGCUCCUCAGAUCUCCAGCCACUCUCCCCAGUACACAUGUGCCUGUCCUGACACAAUGUGGCUGGGCCCAGACAUGAAGAGGUGCUAUCGAGCACCUCAAUCUACCUCAACUACGACGUUAGCCUCUACCACGACGAGGACACUACCUGCCACCACAAGAGCCCCUGGGACCACCGUCCACAACCCCACCUACCAGAACCACAGCACAGAGACACCAAGCCUGGCAGCUGCAGUUCCAAGCUCAGUUAGUGUCCCCAGGGCUUCCAGCAUCAGCCCGUCUACCCCAGGCCCUGCAACCAGCAACCACUCCCAGCACUAUGGGAACGAAGGCAGUAAGAUGGGCUCAACAGUCACUGCUGCUGUCAUUGGGAUCGUUGUGCCCAUAGCGGUAAUAGCCCUGCUCUGCAUGAGUGGCUACCUGAUCUGGAGAAACUGGAAGCGGAAGAACACGAAAAGCAUGAAUUUUGACAACCCGGUAUACAGGAAAACAACAGAAGAAGAAGAUGAAGAUGAGCUCCAUAUAGGGAGGACUGCCCAGAUUGGCCAUGUCUACCCUGCACGAGUGGCAUUAAGCCUUGAAGAUGAUGGACUACCCUGAGGAUGAAACCACCCCUUUCGUGCCUCAUGGAAUACAGUCCCACGCACUACACUCUGGAUAGUGUAUGACUGGAUGAAUGGGUUUCUAUAUAGGUCUGUGUGAGAGUGUGUGUGUGUGUGUAAUUUUUUUUAAUUUAUGUUGCGGAAAGGUAACCACAAAGUUAUGAUGAACUGCAAACAUCCAAAGGAUGUGGGAGUUUUUAUAUGUAUAAUGUUUUAUACACUUUUUAACUGGUUGCACUACCCAUGAGGAUUUCAUGGAAUGGCUACUGCUGAGUGACUAACAUGAUGUACAUAACCAAAUGGGGGCCGAUGGUACAGUACCCUACUCAUCAUUUUAAAACUAUAUUUACAGAGGAUGUUUGGUUUUGGGGGGCUUUUUUAGGUUUGGAGGAUUUUUUUUUUGUAAAUAAGAUGAUUAUGCUUUGUGGCUAUCCAUCAACAUAAGUAAAAAAAGAAAAACAUUUCAACUUCCUCCCCAUUUAGAUUAUUUAUUAACAUAUUUCAAAAAUAAGAUUAGUUCUAUAAAUAAUUUAGAGAAGUGAGAGUAUUUAUUUUUGGUCUGAUUGGCCUACCACACGGAUGCUGUGUGUGUAUAUGUGUGUGUUUAUACAUGUAUGUGUGUGAGAGAGAGAAAUCUGUAGAAAAGAGGCACACCUAUGGCUAUUGUUCAGAUACAUAAAGAUACAUUUAUUUUAAAGCACUCCACAAGAAGGAUCUCCACAGUUUUCAGAAAAGCCUCUGCAAUGUGACUCAGAAAACAGAAAACAUGGUUUAUGCAAACACAUAGUGGAAGAGGCAGAUCUUUUCACCUCUGACUAUUCCUGAGACCCCAGUAAGUCAAGAAAAGUCUUUCAGUUCACCCAUGGCUGCUGUGACUCCCACCUGGGCUUUCUUGUCUGUAGCUAAGGUCAGAGUACAGACACUGCACAGUGCCAGAGUUCUCAUGAGCUCAAGACAGAACAUGCCUACACCUCAGCGACUCCUUUUUUUAAAGUUCAGCUCUUUGAGUAACUUCUUCAAUUUCUUUCAGGACACUUGGGUUGAAUUCAGUAAGUUUCCUCUGAAGCACCCUGAAAGGUGCCAUCCUUACUUACAGAGCUAAGUGGAGACGUUUCCAGAACAGCCCAAGUUUACUAUAGAGACUGGCCCAGGCACUGAACCUCUGAGACAUGCUGUGGAUGAGGAUAAGGAUGAUGGAAUAGGUUUUAUUGCAUCUCUUCUUUCUCCACCCACCCCCCCCCUUACUCUACCAUUUCCUUUAGGUGGAGAAAAUACUUUAAUGUAAUAAGGAGGUUUCUUACCAUCAUAUGAUCAUAUAGAGGAAACUAAUUUUUGGCUUAAUUCAGAAAAACUGCCCAAACCUGAAGUCAUAUCUGAGGGUGGAAAUGGCAUAUGCAAUAUUAUAGCCUAUUGGAUAUAUAUGUUCACACAGGAAUUUGGCUUACUGCUUUGUAAAUAAACGGAAAAACUCUAGGUAUAUGUAUAGAUGUUUUCAUUAUAGACACCUUAUUUGCUUUUCCUGGGCCUUGGGGGAGGUGGGGCGAAGUGCUGUUUUCUAUUUGUGGGGUCUCCCAUUGGAGACCUAAUCCUGCAGUCCCAGAAGGAAUGUCGUCCUCACUGGCUUUCUCAUCCAAAGUAUGGUAUUUUCUUAACUCUGCUGUUCUGCCACUUCACUCCCACUAGACAACCAGGGACCAGUUGCAGCAAGGAAGUAUUUGGCUUAAGUAGGAGCAGAGAACAUGUAUGCGAUUAUACCUGGAACUUGAUGCACUUAUGCAAAAUACCUCCCCACCCCCACUGCCCAGAUGCCCUCAACUCAGUGAAGCUUGGAUGUCUCAUCAGCUUGAUACCCUGUGAAUUUCCAGGCUGCCAUUGUGGAGUUCUAUCAUCCUGUUCCCAGAACCUUCCUCAACGUUAUUCCUGGUCUCACCUCUAAGAAAAUAACUGUAUUCUGCAGCGUGGGCACUAUGUUUUGCAUAAGCCAGCAAUUUCCUCAUGAUAUGCAUGCGUUGACAGUCCCAAAACAUUCAUUGAGAGGGUAAAUGAAGUUGACCUAUAAUGACCAAUACCAAACAGGAUUUCAAAAACAGGUGGCCAACUCCUGUGGAGCUUAAUUACUUACUACUAUUCUUUCAAGAAUGGAAAGUAAAAUUAUUUUUGACUGAAGAAAAAUGACCGUGAAAAACACUGAAAUUUACACAAAACAGGUGACUUUCUGUAACCUUCCUCCAAAGAAACUGAAUUUCCCAGGGAAUUAAAUAAUAACGACUAACGUACAGUUUCUUAAGUUUUAGUCAGAUCCUGGCAUUUACAGAAAAAUGAAUGGGAUCUGGACAUGCAGCCUGAAAUCUCAAAACGAUGAUGAAAUCCACAACUUUCUCAGAGACAUCAUGUUUCCUGAAUAUGCUACAAUGGCAGUUUGAAAAAGGCAGCCAUGGGAGCAACCUACAAGAAACAAAUUGUGAAAUAUUCAUGUGUUGGAUGGCCAUAAAUAAGAUGAAAUCUGAGGAAUCAGAUCCAUCGUCCCCCUAUUCAUGGAGCUUUGAGCCUCCUUUUGUGGUUUAGUUACACUUCUGUUGCCUUUUGCUCCCUCUGCAUGUGUACCUAUGGCCAGUAACAGAUCACAGAGUCUCUGGACUACAGAGCUGGAAGGAAGCUCAGAUAAUGCCAAGAGAGCAGGAAAAUGUAUCAGAAGCAGUUCCAAGUUCAUUUCCCCCCUUUCCUUCUCCAGACUACUUUGGGCGGCCAGAACAUUGUAUCAAACCUGCUACCUAUCUGAUGGCCUAUCUUUCCAGUGGAAUUAUAAAAGCACUGGCUGAAAUGGCCUUCCAGAAACAGGGAAAACUAAAAAUUUAUUUAUUUACUCUCGAUAGCAUGAUUAUUUAUAAAACAGACUGAAGUAACCUGUAACCUCAACUGGCAAAAAGAAUGAGAUCAGAUUGAAAUUUAUGGCAAUAAGUAUGACUGAUCCCUCUACAUGACUGCAGUAUAUUCAUUCACUAAAAUCAAACACUAGGUACCAAAUUAUGUGCCUGGCACUGCAGACGUAAAGAUCAAGCAAACAUUUUAUCCUUACAGAGCUCACAGUAGCAGUAGAGGAAGAUGUAAGUGCAAAAACAGAGGAAUAGAUUCUGUUUGGAGCAUGGUUAGGGUACAAAGGAGAAAGGGGUCAUUUUACCUGAGAAUAUGAGGAAUGAAGUCAUCAUAGAAGUGACCUUAAGCUAAGUCUUAAAAAUUAAGUGUACUAGCUUCUUCAAGCAGAGAAAACACUGAGCUAAGACAAAAAGGCUUGAAACAGCAUGGGGACUUUAAGGAACUGUGUGUAGUUCAUUAUAACAGGAACAAAAGAUUCAACAGGGACUUAGCAAGAAAUUAGGCCGGAUGGAAGGACAGGUUCAAUGUAAGCACUUUAUAAAAUACUUAUAUUACUUUUUGAUUCAACUAAGCAAGUAUUUCUUGGUCACUGUGUACAGGGCACUAAGUGCAUCAUGGAAAAUUCAUCAGGAUGCAUUGCCAGCACUUUGCAGACAGUACAUUAUUCAGCCUCAAGCUUUCCGGUGGCCAAAGGGAAAUGUUGACAACUCAUAUAUUUGAGUCAAAGAUUUUUUUAUGGUCAAUGAAAACUAAUAUAAGAGCAGUGGGAUUUUCACAGAAGCAUGCCAUGUUGCCAUGUCUUAGAUUUUCUCAACUGUGAGAAAGAAAACUGGAAAAUUUGAAGAUGUGGAUCUGGAAGGGAUGUCUUGAUCGCUGUCCAGUCAGACACUGGUGGGAAUGGGGAAAGAGCACUGGAAUGCAAGCAUCUGCACCCCACCCCAAACUCCAGCCAUACACUCAUGUCACAGAUUAUAAAUGAGUUAGCAUCAGAAGUUUCAGAGGAAAUUUCCUUUCCCACAAAUGCUUGAAAACAGUGUUAGAGUCUUCUUACACGGUAUUUUUAGGGUAUUGGAGAUUUUCAGGAUAUGGAAAAUAUAGGAGGUGGAAGAAUUACAGCUUCAAUUUUUCAGUUAAUAUUUAAAAAAUCAGGAAGCUCUGUUCAUUCAGGCUAUGCACCAUGUGCACAGUCAAGAGUCAACAGAAACCCUCUGCAUUUACACUUUGUGCUAUAAAAAGUAAUUUUUAAAAAGCCACCUGUAUAUAUAUAUGUAUAUAUAUGUGUAUAUAUAUAUAUAUAUAUAUACAUAUAUAUAUAUACACACAUAUAUUUAAAGAUAAGGUUUUGAUACUUUUUUUACAAAAACUCCAAAUACUUGUACAAACCAUGUAUGUUUAAAAUAGCAUUUUGUUCUACAGAAACUUGCUAAUUUUAGGGUAAAGUGCUGGUUUGCAAACACCUAUCACAUUGUACCCAAGUGGACUUUCCUUGUUUGUCUUCCCCCACCAGACCCCAAAUUAUGGUAUUGAUGUAACAAUUAGGCGUGUUAGAAUGGUGCGUCACACUAACGAUUCUGCUCUGUCUUGUCACUUCAAGUUCCCUUAGCUUCUGUACUCAGUGUCCUCUGCAGUCUGGCUUAUCUUCCAGAGGCAAAGGCACUGAGGGUGGUGUGCUGCGUCUCACUAGCUGUACUGACAUCAUCUUGGUGAAUUGAAAACCAAAUGUGGACAUUUGUAAAAUCAGUGCACUGUUUCUAGAGAUUAAAUUCAUUUUUUUAAACCUGGAA